AUAUCGACCAUUCUCGGACGCCUUGCUUUGAAAUAGCUGGCCUGUUUGUCGUGUCUAAAACAUGUCCCUUUUGCCAAUUCUUGUUCUACCUCUCUGUCGGACCCAUCCUCUGGAAAACGCGUCUCGCGCACGUCAUGUCAUCUGGAAUCGCUUGUUCUCGACCUUUUAUUUCGUACAGAUCUACCCUCCCCGAAAGAUUCCAGUCACCCAGCUUGCGAAAGAGACCUCAUGGCGUGCCUAUUGUCUCUACGACGCUUGUUGCUGUCAUGCGAGCAUAGAGCCACCAGAGGGCGAAUGGGAACUGGAACUUAAACCCUAAGCCCUAAACAUGUCGGUUCAGUGCCUUGCAUGGCACGAGUUUCACGGUUCGCGCAUGUCGAAUUUCUGAAUAGCUUAGGCGGUUCGUGAGAAUCGAGGAGGCGAAAGGUAUUCGACGUCCAGAGCCCGUAGCAAGGCAACAAAAGACGGUUUACUAUGCGUCUAAGUUCCAAGAAGGAACACGCGUCAGUUCACCAAUGCUGGGCAUUGUAUGCAGAUCAUAGCCGGAUGGUCGAUUUAUGCUUGAAAUUCAAGAUCCUGGGAGAGAGAGUGGUGAAGCAUGUCGGGAACCUCUAUAUUGAUAGUUUCCUUUUGGGGGCGUUUAAAGGGCAGUGAAUGGCUUCGGAUGGUAGAGGUUCACCGUCAGCAUUUAUGCUGAACUGCCGGUGCAUUUCUCUUUUCGAUAUUAUGGACUGACAUUGAACACAACAAUACUGUCUCCUUGACAGGUGCCUACGCUCGGUCAGGAUGUCGGUAUGUAUCGCAGGAUCCACUCGUCGGAAAGCGACUUGUUCUUUUGGUAAUUCCCAGGGAUUACUGAAAAGAUAGUAGCAGCGAGGUCCUGUUGAUCUACUGAAUUGAAUGACUCUCUGGCUGGCUGCUGUAUGUAUGCCUUCAGAGAUUCUGGCUUGUUGUCACGUUCCGGUUGUCAAUAAUUCCGUAAGGAAAGUGUCUUGUUUCAAACGCGGUUAUGGUGAUCUUAUCUCCACAAGCCUACCUGCCACCCAGUACAUGAUUCCUACUUCGAAUGGCCUGGGCCAUUUCGUCCCACUCUCCAACUCUCGGGUUCUUGGUUUAUUCCUUCUGGAAAGCUUGUCGACCCGUAAUCACGGCACCCCCACCGAUUAACGCUCCUUCGGGAGGUCCCAGAUCAACCGUGUUAACCAUCUCUCUGUGAGGCAGCUUGCAGAUUGAUUGAUGGGCGCCGACACUGACGACAAAACUCUCGUUGUCCCUCCCUUCGGGGAGAAAGAAGCGGUUUUUGUGGAUGUCAUUUGUUCGCUUCUAAAAUGCCCUUCUCUUUGAUAGGAGAGAGGAAACAAAGACUUGUCCCUGAGGGUACUGUAUUUACACACAGAGGGACUGGGGGCUUAGUGAUUCCUGACGCGACAUUUCGCUGGCGUCAAGGACGUGUUGGAAAGACAUUGGGAGACAGAGAGCGUAUAACUGAACGUGCGACCUUGGUGCGGACUUUUUCUUUGGAACGACUGAGAACUAGCUGCUGUUUUCUUCCCAGAGAGCGAGAUACAGUUGAUAGCGCAAGCCGCGUCCAUUCAGCCAUUGCCACUAUUCCAGGAAUUCUUCGCCCAUAUCCCUCAACAACUCCAGUCAGCCCCGGGGCUGAAUUCUUCUCGAGGAAAGCAACUAUUGUUCCGAUUGAGACAUCAAAGCUGUUCUCGGCUCUCGAUUGCUAG